AUGGAUUUUGAUGAUAUAGCGCUUGUACAAUUUGAUAGAUUGAGGAAAGAAUGGGUGGAACGCUGUUCAAGAUCCGCCAGCGGCAUUUGCGAACUGGCCAACCGGUAUCGCAACCGAGAUGAUUGCUUGCUUCGGUCAAUGCACAGCGGAUUGUUCAACUUUAGUUUGCGUCUACAUUGGGAGGAUGAUGGCGAUGACUGGCUGAUUCGGUUUCCGCUUCCAGGGAAAUCCAUGUUCCCGGAAGAGAAAGUUCGCGGAGAAGCCAUACUUAUGACAUAUAUCGCAGACAACACAACCGUUCCCGUUCCCCGAGUGAUUGCCUCCGGGACGGCAGACGAGAAUCCUACAGGUCUGGGCCCCUUCAUUAUCAUGACCUGGGUCGAAGGGAGGAAGAUGUCGGAAGUACUCCGGACAAGUGAUUCUUCCGACAAGAAGGAAACCCUCAACCCAGAUAUCGACGAGGAGAUGCUCAAGGCGCUGUACGGGCAAAUGGCACAGGUCUUGCUGGAACUGUGGAAACUCGACUUUGAUUGCAUUGGUAGCCUGGGUAACCACGAAGUGACUGGCAAGGCACAAGUGACUAAACGGCCCCUAACCCUCGCUAUGAACGAGCUGGUCCGGACAUGCGGGCUGACUGAUCUUGACCCGCCGAGAACCUAUAACAGCUCCACAGACUACAUCGUCUCGCUUCUCCAGUUGCAGUCAAAGCAUUUGAAACAACAAAGAAACAGUAUCUACGAUUCUACGGACUGCCGCGAGAAAUAUGCUUGUCGUCAGUUGAUGAAGGCGUCAGCAUUGAACUUUCUGUCCCCUGAAGAUAACUAUGGACCCUUCAAAUUAUUCUGCGAUGGUCUAUGCCCUGGCAACGUUCUGGUGAAUGACUCCCUUCAGAUCACCGGCAUUAUUGAUUGGGGAUUCUGUUAUGCGGCUCCGGCCCAAUUUGCCGGCAGUAUCCCGUGGUGGCUACUUCUGGAGCGACCACAUCGGAUCAUCUACAACUCUGGCGCAAAGGCAAGCGCGUGGUUCAAUAUGGCAUGUCGCAUGGUACCGUCAGUUGAUAUGAUAUACUGGGACUUAUUAGAUGAAUACUGCUGGGGCCCGCGUAAGUCAAUUGCGGAGAGGGUAUACAACGCUACCACCACCCCGGAGAUGCAUAAGGCCCGUGAGGACUUCGUCAAGGCGAAGGUAAAACAACUGCAGCAAUACUAUGCAGAACUCGGAGACGAGACCGUUGUCUCCUACGAAGUAGAACAGACCAGUGAGACAGAAGACUCUAUACAGGAAUAUAAAGUGAGUGGUAACGGAAUUCUAUGUUUCAUACCAUUUCUAAUCACGUAA